GUUUGCUCGGGUGUUUCCAUUUCUAAGUCCGCUCGUUGCUUCGCUCACCGUCAUACCACCGCGGCCGCCAGAGCAAGAGGGAGGGAUACAGAGAUCCAGAUAUGGCGACGAGCGGAAUCGAGGUGAUGGCCAUGAACUUCGCCUACGAUGCCCAGCCUCAACUCUUCUCCCGCUUCACCCUCAACAUCGCACCCGGAUCGCGCUGUCUCCUCAUCGGCGCCAAUGGAUCUGGAAAGACGACGUUGUUGAAGAUCUUGGCUGGGAAGCAUAUGGUGGGUGGGAGGGAUGUGGUGCGGGUGCUCGGUCGCUCCGCUUUCCAUGAUACUCAGUUGGUUUGUGACGGUGAGCUCGCCUAUUUGGGUGGUUCCUGGAGCAAGACCAUCGGCUCAGCUGGAGAUGUUCCACUCCAAGGAGAUUUCUCUGCUGAACACAUGAUUUUUGGAGUUGAAGGGGUUGAUCCUCUUAGGAGAGAGAAGCUGAUUGAGCUGCUUGAUAUCGAUCUGCAGUGGAGGAUGCAUAAAGUUUCUGAUGGGCAGCGUCGUCGUGUGCAAAUUUGCAUGGGACUUUUACAACCAUACAAGGUACUGUUGCUUGAUGAGAUCACUGUUGACCUGGAUGUUGUCACAAGAAUGGAUUUACUCGACUUUUUUAAGGAAGAGUGUGAUCAAAGAGGUGCCACCAUAGUAUAUGCUACGCAUAUAUUUGAUGGUCUGGAGAAAUGGGCAACACAUGUGGCCUAUAUCCAAGAUGGGGAAUUAAGAAGAUGUGAGAGCCUUGGUAAUAUUCAUGAGCUUGAAAAUGCAAAGAAUUUACUUUCAGUUGUUGAAUCUUGGCUUCGUUCUGAGACCAAGUGUUCAAAGAAGGAACCUGUCAAUUCUCUUGUGCACUCUAGCAAAACCUCGCCCUUCGAUUCAUCUCCUUUCAGAUCAUCCAGGCACAUGGCCUACUAUCGCUGACAAAUCUUUACCGACCCCAAACAUAUAUUGUUCACCUUUGAUUCAAGGACCACACUCAACAGACAAGAUCAAAAUAAUAUUUUUGUUUAUUAAAUUUUACAAGGCAAAGAAGCUAUAUGAAUUGUUAUGUGAUCUCUUAUUGUAUUUUGUGUAGGUCAUUCUAUAUCCCUCAGACAAAGUGACUGCUUGAAAUUGAUUUAUUUGAAAUAUUGUACAACCUUUACUAA